GAAGAGUUACUGAACCAGGUUCCACAAUGGCACUUGUCAUUGCAAAAUUACUAGUGUUGGCGCUUCUGGCGCUUGGGACAUCCUGCCAAGAGUCGUCCCCAAGUCUGGAGGAGCUCGUUCGAGAUCUUCACCUGCGGCUGAACCUGAUGUCGCUGGAGUUUCACGAGCAGAUGGAGCAGCUGGUCACCGAGCAGCAGCUUUUGCGUCAAUCCGUAGAGAAGCUUAGCUGGGUGGUUGACCGGGUUGACCAGUCGAUGAAGAACAUCGAAAAUAACCACGAUGUUGUGAUGAGAAAUCUUUCUCACGUAACGAGUCAGUCUGAUGCCAUAAUGGUCAACCAGCAGUUCUGUGCCAACCACGACCGUUUGAGGGAUUUGUACUUCGAGACGCUUCCGCGAUGUCAGGGACCUCCGCUGCCUCCAGUCACAACCGAGCCUCCUCCAACCACAACCGAUAACUCUGCAAUGUACAUUUCUUGCUCGACUGCUCCUCCGAUAUCCGGAGUGUACAACAUCAUCCUCAACUCCGGUCACUUGAUCCAGGUGUUCUGCGAACAGAACCUGCAAGGUGGAGGUUGGGCCGUGUUCCAGCGGCGUAUGGAUGGCUCGGUAGACUUUAACCGUAACUUCAUCUCAUACCAAAACGGAUUUGGAGACCCGCGGGGUGAGUUCUGGCUGGGGCUUGAGGAUCUACACAGAUUAUCGCAGCAGAUGGGUCAGACCGAGCUGCUGGUUGAUAUGGAGGAUUUCGUGCAGACCUCGCAAUACAUGCUGUAUAGAGAUUUUGCGAUUGGGUCCUGGAUCGACGGUUACAAAUUCACGAUUGGCAACAUUGUCACGGGAACGGCUGGGGAUGCCUUGUCACAGUACCAACAAAAGCAAUUCGUAACGUAUGACCAGCACGGAGGUUCUAUUUGUGCCGCACACCUGGCAAGUGGAUUCUGGCACUUUGAUUGUGGCUCGGACUUGUUCAGAAAUAAUUUGAACGGCAAUUACGGAUUAGGCCUGGGCCAGCAAGGCGUUUGGUGGGGAACGUUUGGUGGAGCAACGAGUCAGAAUCGGUCACCGUUGAAGAGAGUGCAGAUGAUGAUAAAAUUUUAAAACAUGAUUGUUAGCUUCAAUAUCAAAUCGUUGCGGUCAAAUAAAUUUUCAAAUUUAAAAUAAACAUAAAUAUGUG